AUGUCGACCCUCAGUCCACCUGCCACUACCAUUUCGGAUGCCGUUACCGUGUACGACCUUAUUGUAGUUGGCUCUGGUUUCGCUGGGUGUAUGACUGCUCUCAACUUCCUCGAAGAUACCAAGACCCAAGGAAAGGCAGCGAAACUCGCCUUGAUCGAGGCCGGUAAAGAUGGAGAACGAUGUGGUGCCAGCAGAUGGACACCGGCCUUCUUUCGGUUGGACAAGAAUAACAGGUUUGAUAGCGGCUUCAAGGAUGAGAUGAAGCUCGUCAGUAAUGGACUUGCCGAUCAGGCAUACUGCGAGAAAUUGGAAGCCGAAGUUCCCACUACAGUGAAGUUUCUUUUGGACCACGGAAUCAUAGUCCAACAUCAAGAUGAGAGAAAUGUCUACCUCGGAUUUAAUACCGACCAGAACUUCGCCAAAGGAGACGGUGGCGGAUAUGCCAUAAUCCUCAAGCUUUUCGAGCACAUACUGUCGUUCCCUCAGGUGGACAUUAUGUGGGAGACAAAUGCGGAGGAACUUCUGACUCAUGGCGAUGGUACCAUUCGUGGUGUCAAGGUUCGAAAGAACGACGGCCGCUUUGACAAUGUGUUUGGUGAGCAAGUCAUGCUAUCAUGUGGUGGCUUCGAGGGUAAUCGCGAAAUGCUGGGCCGAUACGUCGGACCUAGAGCUGACCAACUUGGGUUGGUAGCCCCUGGUCUCAAGUAUAAUACGGGGUUUGGGCUCAAGAUGGGCUUACAAGUCGGUGCCGCAACGGCCGGCUCUUUCCAUGGCCUGCACUGUGAACUUGUUGAUACUCGCUCCUCAAAGCCAGAGGCAACUGUCUGGGGCCAUAGCUUCGGUAUCGUCGUCAACGAACACUCCAAGCGAUUUUACGAUGAAGGGAAUCGAUCCCUCUUCGCUACUUGCGAAGUUAUUGCUUAUGAGACAUGGCGCGACCAAAACCAAAAAGCAUAUUUUGUUACCGAUGCUCCCAUUAUGGACCGAUUCCGACCUGGUUGGGUUUAUGAUACAACUGAUCUGGACCCAGAGAAAGGCGAGACGAUCGAAGAUCUCGCCAAAAAACUCGGUCUCGUUCCCCAAGAACUGAAGAAGACGGUGGAUGAAUAUAAUGCUUCAAUUAAUGACAAAGAAUUCAACCCUUUGGUUCUUGACGGCAAGAGCACCUUCGGCCUAACUCCUAACAAGACCAACUGGGCCGCACCGAUCAAAGUGGCUCCUUUCUAUGGGUAUCCUCUGACUGCAAAGGUUGUAAUCACUUUUGGAGGACUGAAGGUCGAUCUUGAGUCCCGUGUGCUCUCCACGACGGGUACCCCAAUUCCAGAGUAA